AUUUUUCAGUCCGGUAAACUGAAAUGGAUAAAAAACUUUAGUUCUUACCCAUUUCAGAUCAAGGUCAUUGACCUUGACGAGUAAAAUUUUUUCGCUCAGGAGGAGAAUUGCUCCUCAGUCAGAGUGAGCAGCAGCGGAAGAACAACAACACUUUCUUCCUCAACAUAUUACAUAUUGUUAUUUAAAGUUUUCAAAAUUAAUAGUCAAGGGUUUAAACAUGUCUCGCCAAAUUAAAAUCAACUCUUCUUUGAAAAAAUCUGACACUGUGACGAAGGACGAAUCUAAGGAGAAUUUGGAUAAAGUAGAGACUAAAAUGGAAAGUAAGGAAGAAGUCGCAGGACCAUCAAGCAAAGUUUCUCCUUCCGUCCCCAAGAAAAAGUUGCGACUGGUUUGCUACAAUGAGAGAAAUGAAGUCAUCGCCGAGUACGAAAGUCCUUCCACCUCCGUUGCCAUUCCGGAACUGAAGUUCACUAAUUCUCAAGGAGAUGAUGUGAAGCUGAAGAAAAGACCCACCCAGAAUAACCCACCACUCCCAUCACAAAUUACAUCUCAAGUAACUGCAGUCAGGGAGGCGAUAAAAAAGCGAAUUGGUUUUGGUGACAAGAGUGGUGAGACGGAUGAUAAGCUCAUGGAGGAUCCCAGGUUCAAAGAUGCCAUGCAAAAUCUCAAGCAAAAUCCCAUAACUUGUACAUACAGGGGUUAUACACUCACGGUACUUUGGGAUGCAAAUGAGUCAAUGAUCGGAUAUAACGACGGAAACCCUAACCCUAAUAAUCCAAAUGGAAAUAUUUGGUAUAAAUGUAUUUUAGAGGCUUGUUGGGUGAAAGCAGAAACUAGAAAAAGAAAACAUUGCAAAACGCACGGUAGUCAUCAAACCUUCGUUGUUCGUGAUUUAACAUCUCCGACCACGACUCUAGGCUUUGUCACUCCCGAUUAUACUAAGAAUGGAGGAUUUUCGAAUUCUCAAUUGCUGACAUAUUUGCAAGGAAAAACUUGUGUUACUAUGCACUCUGCUCUAUCCAACCAUUUUCAACCCCAAAAAAAUGCUGCCAAGAUUAAGACAGAUUAUACAUGGAACUUGUCUACCAAGGAAGUCGUGAAAGGAGACGGAAGUGCUCACAAAUUGGUUGCUCUAAGUCUUAUGACCAUGAUUCACAAUUCCGUGUGUGAGAAUGAAGAUAAGAUCCAUUUGAUCAAUGAGAUGAUCAUGUUUACAAAAGGGGUGGAUGAGUAUGAGACCAACUUCUUCCCUAAAUUGAUGGCUAUUCUAGAAGCAAAUGGUUUCAAGUUCCAAGUCACGACGGAGAAGAAAUCAACAAAAUUCGUUCCUGAGUCCCUUUUGUCCAAAGUUUCCUACAAGAAUCUCCCCCAUGUAUAUUUAGCAAAAGACGAAGAUGACGGUAGGCUUUAUGUGGGUGUGAGGUGGGGAAAGGGAAGUAGAUCGAAAGGUGAAGGUUCCUCCUCCCACAAAAAUAACAAGAAAACGGCUCUUACCAAUUUCCCUGACGAGAAGAAACACCGGAUGUAUCAACAAAAACAUCACAAAAUUGAUGAUGUGAAGAUGGUGAAAGCGGCGAAAGACUUUCUCUUUAAUGAAGGGGCAGACGAAGAAGAAAUUGCUCUCAAAACUGCUCAAAACGUAAUAUUUGAUGAAAUGGAGGUUGAUGCAAAGAAGAAGGAGGCUCUUGCUCAAUUUUGCUGCAUUGUUGGCAAAAUGCUGGGAGUCAAAGUGGUGAACGGUCAUCCCACUAAAUUAAUCUUCCAGAAGUAUCAUCAUUACGACGACGGAUUUUCCCUGUCACUCUUUACACAUUUCUUUGGAUACAUUUUUGGUUGUGGGAUAGAAGUAGAGAUACCAAAAUUAGUAAAGGAUGACAAUGGAAAGGUUUUGCUGAAGUUGUUUUAAUUUAGUGUAAUUUACUGUUUUUUAUCAUCUUAAAGAUGAAUAAUAUGUUAAAUGUUAUAGACAAGUA